UUAUAUUAAUCGAAUUGAAGAGCCCCGUUGUUGCAGCAGGCAGCGCCAGCGUUUCGUUUGCGUGCUAACUUAGUUUGCUUCAGACCGACAGUUGUUCAAGACGUUCCUAUUUUCUCAUACUCGCCAUACUUUUUUUGGAUUCCAUUCCAAAUCGGUUACCGCCUUCUCCUCCUUCUUCAUCCUCAUUAUCAAAUAAAUAAAUUAUUAAACCAAAGAAAAAAAAAAAAAAAAACGAAUUAAAAAUUAACUAAAAUCGACAAACGCACGAAGCCGUUAAGAAUUCCAGUGUCGUUUGUUUGUGGUAACUCAUUUCGUCAAUCUUAUCGCAGACCUUGUAUGCGUAGGUCAGAAAAAUAUAUAGCCCUUGUCUGAUUUAUUAAGAAGCUUAUUUGUGUUCAAUACAAAUCGGAUUGUUUGUCAAGAUUAUAAGAGUCUUGUUCUAGCUCCGGGAAAAUCCGUCAUAGCGUGUUGAAGCAGACAGACGCAUCAGCAAAACGAUUAAAAGAUUAAAGUGGCGUGGUUUUGGCAGGGUUCUAAGUCAAAUAUUAAAAUUGUCAAGUGAAUCGACUUUACGUCGUCGUCUCGGACCGGCAAUAAAUUCAAGUGAUUAAAAUUAAAAAAAAAAUACUUAAGUAGAUAACAAUAAAAAAAAUACAUAAGUUGUCAAUUGCAAUAGUGCAUUUGUUAGUCGUGUGUGUGUUCUCCUUUUCAGCGCACGUGGAGAAUAGUAUUUUUUCAAAUCAGGUCAAGGCUUAACAAGGCCACCACCACCGUCAGGCAACAGCAGCAAGACCAAACCAGGAAAAAUGUUGGGAAUAAAAUAUUUAACUGAAGCCCACUUGAAGGGCUUCGAACGUUACAAGUACAACAGCAUUGACACCAGCUAUCUCAGCGUCUACAUAAUGCAUCCUUUUUGGAAUAAAUGUGUUCAAUACUUCCCCAAAUGGCUGGCACCGAAUCUCAUAACAUUCUCUGGGUUCCUUUUGACAGUGGUCACUUUCAUUUUAAUUGCAUUUUACGACUGGGAUUUCACAGCGGCCAACAACAUUGACCGGACAGUGCCACGUUGGGUGUGGUUGGUUGCGGCGAUUAAUAUAUUCCUGGCUUACACCCUAGAUGGCAUUGACGGUAAACAAGCACGACGCACCGGAACAAGUGGACCACUUGGUGAACUUUUUGACCACGGAUUGGACUCAUACUCUUCGGUCCUGAUACCAAUCUAUAUGUUUACGCUAUUUGGUACCAAUCUUUUGCCACCAAAACGGAUGUUCUUUUGUAUCUGGAAUAUAUUUCUGAAUUUCUAUCUGUCACAUGUGGAGAAAUAUAGUACAGGUGUGAUGUUUCUCCCUUGGGGCUAUGAUUUUACCAUGUGGGGUGUAACAUUAGUCCUUAUCUUCACCUUCAUUGUUGGAUCAAGCUUUUGGCAAACAACACAAAUCUUUGGCCUAACAACAGCUAACAUAUUUGAAAUAUCUCUGCCAGUAACAGCAAUGAUGUCAAGUCAUCCAAUUAUAAUUAAAAACAUCUAUCUUUCAUACAAAAACAAGACUGGAAAAAUGCGACCCAUCUGGGAAGCGGCACGUCCAUUAUUUGCGUUCCUCUGGCUAUUCAUCAUAACGAUGAUUUGGGUGUUUAACUCAGCGAACAACAUCAUCAAUUUGGAGCCAAGGAUAAUGUUUGUUCUCUUUGGAACACUCUUUUCCAACAUUGCUUGCCGGUUGAUUGUCGCUCAGAUGUCUGACACCAGAUGUGACGGUUUCAACAUCCUCAUGUGGCCUCUGGUUGUAGUUGUCAUGGUUUCCUGCUUUCCAUUCUACGACAAACUCGGAGUGCAGCUGUCAGUCGAUGCAGAACGAUGGAUUGUCCAUGGCCUGACGAUAUUCAGUACGAUUGCUCACAUUCACUACGGUCAAGGAGUGGUUCGUGAGAUGUGCCAUCACUUUAGAAUCAAAUGUUUCAAAGUAAGAGACCAAAAAGACCCACUUUUGGGCUAUAGUAAAUCGGAAUGAUAAAUAAUUAACAAGUCAUCGUCAUCCUAUACCUACCAACAAAAAAAAAAAACCUAAAAAAAAUCAAACUAAAAGAUCCAAAAUACCCACCACCAAUCGUGGCAUCCAUUAGGUGGUUUUUCCUCAAAAAACUAAUUUGGCUGGAUCAAUAUAUUCCAAUCGACCACUCUCCAAAAUUCCAUCCCCAGAUUCGAAACGGUGAUAACAAAAAUCAAAUUAUGGUCAUAAAAACAUUAUAACUCCACUCACUCUGAAACCAUUUUAUUCAUGCAAUUAAGUGCUAUUGCUCACCAUCCAGUUUACCCACAACAACCCACCGAAUAAAGGGAUGAUGGAACGGCUAACCACAGUUACAUACUUUUAGGGGCAAGAAAGGGGAUAGAGGCUAAUAUCAUUUAUGUGAUUAUUUUAAGGGUUCCUAUUCCUCUAACACACAUUUACAGGGGCUAACAAGAGGGGUUAAAACAACUCAUAGACAACAUGCACUUUACGCAAAGCCAAAAACAUCAUCAUCAUUUUCGAGCUUGCUCCUAAGUGCAGGCAACAAAUUUCGAAAGCUGCUCUCAAUUCUGGUGCAUGAUGUCAAUUCCUCCUAAUGCUAUGCAAUUGAUAAAAUAAAUAUUUAUUUGAUAAGGCUUA